AUGUUCUCUUGGUUUGAGUGGUUCGAACCCAUGGGCUGGUGGCCCUGGGUUGUUGGCCAGGGUGGCCGUCAGCCCACAACGGGCGACGAUACCUUGAGCCAGGCGGGGACCGACACAGAGUCGGUCCCGUCUUCGCCUUCACCGAUGACGGCCGCCCAACCCAUCGACUUCACUGCACCACGCAGAAGAUCCGGCGUUCUCUGUGACUGUGGAGCGAUUCACAGCAUCGAAAAAAAUACCGAUGAUGACGGCGAUGUCAAGAAAACCAACGGCGACAGCGGCAUUGGCAACAGCGAUGUCAGAAACAACAACGACACAGAAUCGAACAAUCUUGAAGCCGACCCCGAUACGGACGACGAACACCACCGAUACAGUGACUCCGAGUCACCAAUCUUUCCGUUCGAGCACGACGAUGAUGGCGGCGGCGACCAACAUGACAAUCCAUAUCCCUACCGAACCGCUAACAGCGACUUCCGUACGCCAACGACGACCGAAUUGGUCGAUUUCCACCGUGAAACGAUGAGGAGGCGGAACGCUCCCACCGUUCUUACCCAAGAGACCGAUGGUAAGAACGGCGACCAAGAUCUCAACAUCGGUGCAGAGGAAAAAGGGGCUUGA